UGCGCGUACAUGCAAUUGACGACCUCGGCUGCCCCACGUUUCAGUCGGUGUCACCUUUUCGGGGCUCGAAUUUGAGGCAAUUCGAGCCUCAUCGUUGUGUCCUGUGUCUUCCGUCAUGCCGUACCAGCCGGUCCCGAUCGGAGGCGUCUUGCACCGACAAUCCGGAUCUUUGGACCGGAAAUCGCCCCAAGUGUUAGAGUAUGUGUGUAAUGAAUUCUUUACAAAACCCCCCUACAACUGGCCUUUCAGUCGAGUCGCGUCAUCUCGUAGCUACUUCAUAUCACUAUUAUCUUGCAAUUUUGCAAACAUUAAUCCUUUCUAUACAUUCUACCUGAUUGAACAUCGCGAAACCGUUGCUCAACGAUAUCAUUAUGGGUGCUUUUACUCUUCCUUCAACCGACGGUCGCACUGUCGCCGUACUCGGUGGAGGAGUACUUGGCCGCCGCAUCGCAUGCGGAUGGGUUGCAAGCGGAUUUGACGUUGUCAUCCGUGACCCAAGCUACGAGCAAAGGGCUGCUGCCGUGGAAUACUGCAACACUAGCAUGUCUCAAUACUCAGACUCACAGAUCCGAGGAAGAGUGACAGCUGUCGACGAUCUCGCUGAGGCAGUUGCCAAGGCAUGGCUCGUUAUUGAAGCUGUCCCCGAGAAGCUCCCUCUCAAGAUCUCAACUUUUGCAGACUUGGAAAAGCUCACAUCCCACGACACCAUCCUCUGCAGUAACUCAUCAUCUUACAAGUCAAGAGAGAUGAUUGAGGGUCUCAAGCCAGAGACGAAACGACGUGUUCUGAACAUGCACUAUUACAUGCCACCAGACUACCGUGUCGUCGAGCUCAUGACAGACGGCGAGACCGACGAGAGCAUCUUUCCAUUCCUGUAUCAAAAGCUCGAGGAGAUCAAGUUUCACCCUUAUAUCGCACGCAAAGAGUCAACUGGCUUCAUCUACAACCGACUUUGGGCUGCUAUCAAGCGAGAGGUCUUGAACAUUCUCGCCGAGGAAGUCUCGACCCCCGAGGAGAUUGAGAAGCUCUGGAAGGAGAUGUGGUAUGCCAAAGAGAAGGGGCCUGUUGCCAUGAUGGAUGCGGUUGGUCUUGAUACCGUGUCUUUCAUUGAGCAGCACUACAUUGCUGAGCGUGGCCUGCCUGAUACGCCAGUCAAGUUUCUUCAGAAGUACAUUGAUGGAGGCAGGUUGGGAGCCAAGUCUGAUAAGGGCGGACUGCUCCCUCCAAGCAAGCCUGUCGAUUCGGAUCAUGAAUCCUCGCUCUACUUCUUAGACAUUGGGUUGUCAAGUGGAAACGCAAAAGGGUAUGCUACAGCUGGCCGUGUCUUAGUUGGUUCUAGCGAUGGAAAGCCGAUGAAGACGCUUGUAUCAGGUCAACGUAUGCCUGAUGGUAUUGACAUUUCGAAGUCCACUGGAAAGCUCUUCUGGACCUGCAUGGGCAAUCCUUCGGCCAACGACGGUGCUGUCCUCAGCUGCAAUCUCGACGGAACGGAUCUCAAGGAGAUUGUGCCUCAAGGCUCGGUACACACACCAAAACAAUUGACCGUCGAUAACACGAGCUCGAAGCUGUACUUUGCUGAUCGUGAGGGAAUGAGGAUCAUGAGAUGCAACUUAGAUGGCUCUGAGCUCGAAGUCUUGAUCCAAACCGGUGACUGGCAGGUUGAUGAGCAUAUGCUAGAUCCUACAAGAUGGUGUGUUGGCAUCACAGUGUCACCUUCCACUGGCAAGUUUUAUUGGUCACAGAAGGGUCCGUCCAAGGGAGGACAGGGUCGCAUUUUUCAAGCCAAGAUCGACUUCCAACCAAGCGAGGAUGCGAAGACCAGGACAGAUAUCGAGGUACUGUUCCAGGGCUUACCAGAGCCUAUCGAUUUGGAUGUCGACGAGGAUGAGAAUGUGCUCUACUGGACGGAUCGGGGCGAGUUACCAAAUGGCAAUACUAUCAACCGCGCCAAGCUGAGCGACAUUGCCCAGGUGACUCACGAUGGUGCAAGCAAGCCAGGUAAAGAUUACGAGGUUGUUGCCUGGGGAUUACAUGAGGCUAUCGGCAUCAAGCUCGACUCGAAGAACCGUCGUAUUUUCGCCACAGACUUGGGAGGCUCGGUGUACAAUUUUGAUAUGGAUGGAGGUAACAGGAAGAAGGUGUAUGAAGGAUAUCGGGCGUUUGUGGGUAUCACUGUGGCGUAG